AUGGCUGAGGCAAUGCCCGAGCGCCGUGGAAGGUCGAAUCCUACGAAUACUACUCCUUGGGCGGUAAUUAUGAAUCCCUUCACGACGAUGAGGCCCCCCCUUUUUUUUUUGUUCCGUGACUAAUGUUCGGCGAUCUGCCCGUACGGGAUUUUGGAAAUCUUUUGAGAACCAGUGUAAUGAAUGCAAGGUAAAUAUUUCGAGAGGUCUCGCAGAAUUGCGGAGAAUUCGAUAAAGGCUCAAGCUGACCCCCGGGGAAAAAAAAUCCCAGCGUCGUAAGGGCAAGGUACACAGUCGUCCCACUCCCGAAGAAAAGGGUACCGACACUAAAGCUGUUGACAACGAUACACAGUGCUCCGGCGAAUCCCCCUGUCAAUUCUGCGAAAAGAGCAACCGUCGAUGUAUAUACGAAGCUCGGCCAACCCGAAUUCCCCUCACCCGCCAGUAAUCCCCCCACCCCCCUUUCCUUGAUCCCCCCAGAACAGCUCCUUUUAACUGGCGGUGUAGAAAUCUCGACAAGCUCCAACUCCGCUGUGCAAAGCUCGAGCACCUCCUCCGCACCAUAGACCCCAAUGUGGACAUCGAACGCUCCCUAUCCACGGACAGAUACACGGCAACAAGCUCGGCCACAGCUGAGCACAGCAAUGCAAUGCGCGUGAUGGAGUUCUAUUACCAGGACAUGCGUAAGUGCGAGGAGGAGGAGGAGGAGGCACCGCCGGAGAGUGCGUGUGGGUUUGAGUGGCGGGAGAGCGAGGGUGAUGAGCUCCCUGGUGGGGCCUGCAGCGGGGGAGGGGAUGCGGCGGUGGUGGGGCUGUCGGAUGGGAUGGCUUCACUGAAUGUUGAUGCUAGAGAUGUUGGGUAUCUUGGUAGGUUAUCUAAUACAGCCCGCCCCCGCCCGAUUGGGUGAAUUCAUGCAGCAUGGCUUUGGCUAAGCGGUGUGCUGUCUUGGCUUGGCUUUAGGUACGUCUUCCGGAGCAGCAUUACUACGGACAAUCCAACGGCUCGUCACUCGGUACUACCAGGGCCCGCUAUUACCAGAAACUAUUCUUACGUCCCCGCCCCCGAGCGUUGAUAUCGCCCACAGGCUCAAUUCUUCGUUUGCUCGGCAGGCUCUGGUGGAUUCAUACUUUUACCUGUACCACCCCUCCUACCCCCUGAUACACGAAAAGACAUUCCGGUCAAGGUGCGCUGUGUUUUCCGAGGUUCUGAGCACUCCCCAAUGGAAGUUUCUGUACUAUAUGGUCCUUACUAUGGGCGCUUUUUGCUCAUAUGCGGGCUCUCCAGAUGAGGAUCAGGGCCUGGAUUUGCAGAUCUGGUAUACGGUUCGGAAAGAGCUCUCGACGAUCGGUAUUCUUGAAUCAGGGACUCUAGAGCAGAUACAAACCCUAGCAUUGAUGGUUUGUAGUAAGGCUUUCGGCCGAAUCACUGUCGUCGGCUAACCUCUACAGGGCCAAUUCCUUCAAAAGCGAGAUCGGCCCAACACCGGUUACAAUAUGAUGGGUGUAGCGAUUCGCAUGGCGCUCGGCCUGGGGCUACAUCGGGAUUUCACGGAGAAAACACCACUGGCCGCCAAUACUCUUUCAAGGGAAAUGCGCAGACGGAUAUGGUGGGUGAUCUAUUGCUUUGAUGUUGGGUCCUCAAUCACCUUCGGCCGGCCAACAAUCAUGAGUGACCGCGUGGAGACGCGGGUUCCCCUAAACAUCCAUGAAGGGGUACGGCCUCUCUGUUUUAUCCCCGGGAAAUUUUUCACAUUGACUUGCUAUUCAUUAGGACCUGGAAGCUCCGGAAUCAUCACUUCCCCGGCCCAUAACCUCAUGCACCACGUACUCCGCCAUCAUCACACACUGUGAAUUCGUGAAGCUCGCAAACCAAAUCCACAGUAGCUUCUUCACAUACCGCGGGCUCCGGCCAUCCCGCGACCUCAUCCGCAACCUCGACGAGCGCAUGCUAGCAUGGCAGAAAUCCCUUCCAGCCUAUUUUAACGCAGACGCAGAGACACCAGCCUGGUUCGCGGAGCCAAAGGCUGUGAUAGUGUGGAAAGGACUGAACUUCAGGAUGCUAAUGCACAAGUGCUUUCUCCCCCUCCUCAAGAACCCCGCUGUCAGGGCCGAAGCUAUAGAGGGCAUCGCGCCCACUAAGAGUGGGGCAGGGGUUUGCCUUUUUCUAGCUAUCCAGACGAUUCACUCCGUUCACGCGUUCAUCUGCUCCCAGACGCUGCGUCGGGGUGCUGCCUGGUAUUGCACAUAUUUUUCCUUUCAAGCUGCGCUCGUGCUCGUUAUUGCUAUCCUUACUGUGGACGAGACUCCCCCACCCGCGAUAUGGACGGGGAAUAUAUUAAUGGCUGAGGAGUGCCUAGCAGCAACGAGCCGGUGUCUCGGGGAUGGUGCAAGCAGGUAUCUUGAGGUUCUACAGAGAGUUAUGAGCAUAUGGGGCAGGAGAGCGAAGCCGUCGGCACCCCCGUCGCCCGCUCCCACCGGUAGCUUCAGUGUUUACGCUAUUGGAGAAGCGUCGUCGGGUGCGUCACUGUUGGCGGAUUGUGCCAAUGGAUUGGGCUUCAGCGAAUUGGGGCCUAUGCCUGUGGGCGCUGCGGAGGUUCCGGACGACUAUGGACUAUCUUCCUGGAUGCCAACGGCACAGGACUUCCUUGAAGGUUCUAUAGAAGGCUUUGUUAUGGGUAGCGGUGAUGCGACGGGAUAAGGAGACCCCCCCCCCCCCCCCCUCCUGCUUCCUCUAUCUUUCCCUUUUUCCCUGGGUGUUGUAUUCUGGAGAAGUUUUAGUUUUUGUCAAUUGUUGUAGAUAUCUGUACCGACGAUGAUCAUGGCCAACGGCAGAUGGAGUCACUUCAGUCUAUUAGGGCAUUCAGAAUGAAUAAGGCUCUGCUAUUUCUCUAGAAAUGGAAGCACCGGCACCAGCACCUGCGCAGGACAGCCGGCUAAGCCUCAUAUCGAGAGCUUUGAAUGGCGAUCUCAGCUGACAGGCCAACUGUCACAUAGGCGAUGCAGUCAGGAAGAACCUUAUUACAAGCGGGCCGUACUGAUAAGCAAUGCCCUACCAAACAAGCCACGUCCAACCACCCAAUUGUCCAAUCAUUAUAUCAUACGAGUGAUGUACUAUGAUCCAACUGUGCUUCCUAAGAAUCUAUUGGCUUAGCAUAAGGGUUAUAAUAAUCCUCCAUCCACCAAUA